AUUUAUAGUGGUACAUCUGAAUAGUUCAAUAUUUACUUGACCAAAAAGAAAAACUGUUUAAAAAUAUUAAAAAAACACAUCAAAACAGUCAAUAUUCAGUUACUGAAUACACAAAAUCUACUCAUAAUGCAAUGGUUAAUUAUGGUUUUUUAUUUAUCUUUGAUGAACUGGUUAAUUAGUGAUACAUUGGAGUUUGAGGAUACAUUUGAAAAUGAAUAUGACAAUACUUUUAACAUUGAUUAUAAUAACAUCAAAAGACCAUAUCCAUUAACAAUGAAACGAUAUUUAACAAUGGCAGCUGACAAAUAUCUACUAUGGAAUAAAUUACUGAAUGAAAUGAAACCUGAUGGUUUACAAAGAUUUAUACCUCCAAGAAUACCUACUACUUUAAGAUUUGGUUAA